AUGGCGACGCCGUCAGCCUUCUCUUCCCGAUUCAGUCGGACUAAGCAAAGCAGUUUGAACUUUCCUUCACGACCGUUUUUCUUAGAAAGUAGUGCGGAGUCAUUGAUCCCGUCAUUGAGCGAAAUCGUGUUAAAUUCAUUUGAGCGAUUUCAAUCCAAUUUUUCGAUGAAUCAGUCGCACGCCCCUAUCACUCUUCCCCCCGUUUUAGCGACAAAACUUGUGAAGAAAGUCUCGAACAACCCAAAAGCUACGGAGCAAGAUUUGAACCUCAUUUUAUAUCGGAUAUUUGUGGGUGGGACGCGUCUUAUUUCUGUCGAUAUAAAUGGCACGCAUUUAUUGACCAAAGUGACGUGUUUAAACAUGUUUCAGUUAUGUCAAAAUGUUCACAUCAGUACGCUUGAUAUAUCGAAUGCGAACUGUUCCUCAUCUGAGUCAUUAAGUGUGAUGUUAUCGAGUCUCAAAUAUUUGAAAUUUUUAAAUGCGGACUCUUGUGUAGCCUUUGAUGACAAAUGUCUUCAAACCCUAGCGACUAUUAAGGCUCCCAUCGAAGUACUUUCCCUCUCCAAUUGUCCCAAAAUCACAGACGCUGGAAUUCUCUUUUUAAAUUCAUAUUCAAAUCUGCAGAGUUUCAAAGGAAACAAUUUACGACUGACUUCCUCGUCUUUUUGUGUGUUAAAAAACUUGAAGGAAUUGGAGCUCUUUGGCUGCCAAAACCUCGACGACUUCUCCUUAGAAAAAAUUUCUAUGCAAAACCCUAAUUUACUCUUUGUCUCCUUAGGCAAUGCCCGGAUAUCGGACUUUGCUCUGCAGAAGUUCGUUCAGCGGUUAAAUCCGAAUUUGGAGCAUUUGAAUCUUUCGGGGUGUUCACAGGCAUCGAAUCUGACAUUAGCCCAACUCUUCGACUCUCAAUUUUCACUCAAAUAUUUGAACCUUUCGGGGUGCUUUAAUUUGAACGGAGAGAAGAUCUUAGAGACGUACCACCCGAUGUUCCGUGGCACACUAUUUAGAUGGAUGGAGAACUUGCGUUAUUUGAACUUGUCUGCGUGCAUUCAAUUUUCUAACGAAUUCAUUGGGACCAUUUUAACAGCAACUCCACAAGUUACUACUCUCAUCUUGGACGACACUUUUGUCGCAGACAAUUCUUUAGAAGAUUUUGUUAAUGCGACAAUUCUCUUCAAUGAAACUAUUAGAAGAAGUCUCCACACCCCAGGAGCCAAAAUUAAACCGUUUUCAAUCUCUCUCAAAAGAUGCACGAAAAUCACUGAUCGCGCCUUCGGCGCGUUAUUUAAAGAAAGAGGAAACGACUUGACGUCUUUGAACAUCUCCAAUUCGGUCUCCCUCUCCCCACUCUCCUUAGCUAUUUUGUCUCUCAACUCAAACUCUUUGACUGCUUUCUAUGCAAGUAACAACGACUUCAUUCCUGAGAUCUCGUGGGUCAAAUUCGUCGCUAAUUGUAAAUACCUUAAGACUGUCUUUGUCUCAAAUAACAGAGGAAUCACUAACACAGUCUUAUCCCAAAUUGCUAUCUCAUGUCCACAAAUAUCUAAUUUGGACAUCUCGUCCUGUGUAUGUCUCAAUGAGUACUCCGCAGGGAUCAUCGCUCAGAUGCGAAGUUUGCAGUACCUGGACAUCUCCUUUGAUAGUACCAUUGGCGAGAACGGCAUAAGGAAAAUCGCAAAUUACUUGUUACGGCUGAAUUACUUCGCUCUCCAAGGCAUUUGCAUUAACGACGGAUAUAUCUUCAUUGAACAAGCUGAGUUCUUGAACACUUUGAAACUCAACUUCUCGCAGAACUGUUCAGACGAUUUACUUAGAAAUAUCGCAGCGUACUGCCCGUUCUUGUCAAAUAUCGAACUCAGAAUGUGCACGCAAAUCACUGACAACGGUGUCGACUUAUUACUCCAGAAGUGCAAUAAAAUUGGAAAUAUUACUCUAGGGGGAACGUCGGUAUCCAAAUUAAAAAUGAUACAGCUAGUAAAUAUGGGACUCUUUGUAGCAUAA